AUGUAAAACAGAAAAGUAUAUUUGUGCUCGAUAAAAGUUGGCGUUUAAGACAUUUAGUGAUACGAAAGUUUGAAAUUCUCAGGAGAAGGGCAUCCCCAAAGAGAAGACUACGUCAUCGUUAACUGCAAUGAUGAGUCACCAUUGUUGUGCUCUUGUUCUUGAGUAAUUUCAUUUGACUUUAUUCUAUUUUAAUAUUGAUUUAUGUCAUCGGUGAACUGUCAAAUGGAACUUUUAGAACGUAGUUGAUUGUGAAUUGUGAUAGUCACAAAACUGUGAUAACAUCUCACGCGUUUGGAACAAUUACGUAAAACUGUUGUGUUUGUGUUUAUUUGAAUUGGAAACUUUAAAAAAAACUAUUGACGAUGAAGUUGGAAGUGAGUGACAGUCAUUCUAAUCACUCCGAUUUCUCUUGCGAUAGCCAGUCUUCGCAGGAUUCUUCCACAAAUGACUUCCUACCUUCAGUACCAACGUCGAGAUCCUUGCUCACAUUGGCCAACCUAGAGGGCCUCCAGUCGGGGGUCCCAACCCGCACCACGGCGACCAUAACCCCCACACAGUUGCGCAACUUCGAACAGACUUACAUCGAGUUGAGCAACUGUCGCAGCGAACAGACGAACCACGCGGGCUUCGUACCGCCUUCCGUCACGCAGGCCAACACUUACGGCAUCCUGAAUUCGGCGGCUUACUGUGACUCGGGCCCGACGACAUUGCAUGUGUCGCCGGGCCCACUAUCAGCGAGCGGCGACAGCAGCAGCAGUCCCGGUCUACCGGCUCCGAAGAGGAGGAACAUGGGCGGCAGACGACCAACUAAAGCCCCCCAAGACAUCUCUCCAGAAGAAGAGGAACGCAGGAAGAUACGCCGCGAGAGAAACAAAAUGGCCGCAGCACGCUGUCGCAAACGAAGGUUGGACCAUACAAACGAAUUGCAAGAGGAAACCGAUAAGUUGGAAGAAAAGAAGCAAGCGUUACAGGAUGAGAUCCGCAAGCUGAGCUCGGACAGGGAUUCGCUACAGGCUCUACUCCAGAAUCAUAUGCACAGCGGGUGCAGAUUGAAUAAGCGAUCUACCAGCCCGCCGGAUGUAAAGCCAUUCCAGGACUCGUACGACUACCAGGAGAUGACCGGCCAGGGGGUCAGGGUCAAGGAGGAGGUGAUGGACCCCACAGUGGACCCCGUCCUAGGGUUGGAUAACGAAAUAUUCACCUCGCCGACGCCGGACAAAAGGAUAAUGCUGUCGGCGGCUAAUCCGGCCGUGUUAACGGGCACCUCGCUGGACACACCCCCCGUCCGGCCCUCCAGACCCAGCUUCCUCCAAGUACCCCACACACUCACACCCGCACAGAUCCACAACAACAAACUGAGCAACAACAACAAAAUCCCUGGCAUCGAGAUCAGCACGCCAAGCAACGGUAUACCAUUCAACUUCGACAGCCUCAUGGAAGGCGGGACGGGGCUGACACCCGUGCACCCUCAUCCGUUCGCACACUCUCACCCACACGCGCACCCUCACCCAUGCGCACAGCAGCAGCGCGCCGCCCCCGACCUCGCCUCGCCGGAUGCACAGAACAGCCUCGUCAGCCUCUGAGACUACCUCCCGGCCGGCCUCUUCGAACCUCUCGACCUCUUCGACCUCGAGAGCGACCUCCAGGGCGGCCGCCUCGGACCGACCUCGCCGUCACCGGGGACUCUUUAGGGAAUCCGUUCUCUAUUAAACCAUUUAUCGCAAUAAAUUAGGCAUAGUAUAGGGGCCUUCGCCUCCCCCCCACGUGUGACGUGGCCGGCAUUCUGAACUUAGUUCGUAUCUGAAGACUACUAUUUAUUCCUACAUAUUUUCCUCAGUCUUUCUUUUCUCUCUCUCUCUCCCUCUGUCUCUUUCUCUCGGACCCCGUUUCAUGUUUUCUCUAUCUACAGGGCCCUCGUAACGAACUUGCUCACUACGUGCUUUGUAUUUAUAUACUUUAUAGAAUAAGUACUUUUAUACGGUUAUCGCCUACGUGAGUCAAUUGAUGAGCUGUUCUUAUGUUAUGGAGGUGAAUAUAUUUUUAAUAAAUAAAUAACUAGAAUGUAUUUCAGCGUAAAUAAUAAUUGUGAUGUGAAAAUAAAA